AGGGUAAUGAUGUUGCAAAGCUUUUUAAUAUUCCUUCACACAACCAUGGUUCCCUGUAUUCAGUCACCUUUAUUUUCUUGUGGCAGGCUACAUUAAGAUAUAUCAAGGUUGGAGACCAAAGUUGAGAGGCUAAAGUCGGUAGUACAAGUUAAAGAUAGGGAGAUUGCAACAGUUACACGAAUAGAAGCCAAAGGUAAGGCUGCUUUUAAAGCUCAAAUUGACAAGCUACAGUAGGAAAAUGUUGAACUCCAGAGAAGGGUUAUUGGCAAUCAGCAAGUAAGAACUCAACAAAUACAUGAGAUGAAGAAGAAAGAAAAGGAGUACAUCAAAUUGCAGGUGAGAACCUACAGGGUAUAGGAAUACCUACAGGAAAGCUGGAUAUGUAUGUUGCUGCUGCUGGCAUAAACCCUCAAAGAUGAAAGAGGCACUAUCAGCAUUGACAUGUACAUGUGAUUUUAGGCAUGAACCAGGAGAGUGAGAGUUUUAGUGUGCCGUGUUUAGAAUUUGCCGAUAUCUUUUUCCCGUUCCAGCAAGUAUUCCUGAUUGUGGGGAUUCUUCCAGUAAUGCUAGAUAUUGGUACUAACAACGAGAAGUUACUUAAUGAUUCUCUUUGAUUUAUUGGAGUUGAGGAGUCCCACAAUCUUUAUGUUCUGUUUGUUUUUCCAUCACUUUUUCAAGGCUGUUCAAUUGGAGUUCCAUCUUCAGGUUGACGUGAUUGUCUUGACAGAUGGAAGUCGUAUUCUUGGCCUCGGUGACCUUGGAGUUCAGGGAAUAGGAAUACCUAGAUUGGAGGGAGAAGAGUAUCUAUCUAUUGUUGAUGAAUUUAUGGAAGUCGUGGAUACAUGUUGGCCUAAAGCUAUUGUUCAGUUUGAGGACUUUCAAAUGAAAUGGGCUUUUGAAACAUUACAACGUUAUCGUAAGAGGUUCUGCAUGUUCAACGAUGACAUACAAGGAACUGCUGGUGUUGCUCUCGCUGGACUAUUGGGAAAUGUGAGAGCUCAAGGGCAGCCAUUGAGUGAUUUUGUUAACCAAAAGAUAGUAGUGGUAGGGGCUGGAAGUGUUGGGCUCGGUGUUCUUAACAUGGCUAUUCAGGCUGUUUUGAGAAUGGUAGGGAACAACGAUUCUACUGCAAGAAAUCGAUUUUUUUUCUAAUAGACAAAGAUGAACAAGGAUGAAUAAUCAAUGAAAAAGGAAUGAAGAGGUUUAUCCAUGCAAGCUUCAAACCAAAGCCAAGGAUGUCGAUCCUUCCAGGGGAGUCCAAAGUUCUCCCUUAUUUUUCUCCCUUUAUUUUGAUUUUCAAAAGUUUGCAAUUUUUUAAGUGGGGGUGGGCAAUUGCUUGCAUGUUUAGUCUAAACUUGGAGGUUCAAAUUUUGCCCAAAUUUCAAAAUUUCUAAAAAAAAUUUCCUUACAAUAAUGAGCACUAUACCUUCUUAGAUUACUUAGAUCUUGCAUAAAAAGCAUGACUAGCAACCCUUGAUCACUGAGCUUGGGUUUGUGAUGUAAAAUUCUGAAUGUUGAUGAGUAUAUGUGCUGAAAUUUGAGAAUAAGCUGCCAGUGUUUUUUGGUUUAAGCCCAUUUUUAGCGAUAUCUUAUGGAGAUGUGAAUGCAUGAUUGAGAAAAUGGUACGUGUGUUGUGAAUGCUUGAUUGCAUGCAUAUAAUAAAUAAGUGCAUGGAUACUUUUCUAGCUUUGUCUUCCUUUGUUUCUUUGCCAUGACUUACCUAUGAUGCGCUUAGUCCAAACCUAGCCUAGAUAGAGUUAAAAAAGGAUAGGAGGUACUCUUUAGAAAUUGAGAUGGUUUUAACAAAUUUGUCUUGUCAAACAUGAGUUUGGAGCCUCUUGUCUAGCCACAAUGAACUAAAUCCCUUUAGAAAGGGUGGGCAUUAACAAAUCUUGUUGUCACUUCGAAGGGAGCAGUCAAACUUAGAAACUAAGUGUAGAACCAUAGAAAGGUUACCCCAUCGGUUAUUGUGUGCGUACCAAAGAAAGAAAAGAGAGACUUGCAAAUGUAAAACUUAAGACAGCGAGACAAUUAAGAGCUAAAAAAAACAAA